AUGGAAUUAUUUAAGGUUGAAGGGUGGAAUCUAAACACUGAUAAAGUUGCCUUUAAGGACUCUAAAAAGAAAGAAGCUCAAAAAGAAAGAAACAGACAAGAAAAACUUGAUAGAAAACAACGUAAUAAUAAGGCAUCUAAGGAAACUAAAAAUGAAGAUAGCAAGCAGGAAGAAGUAGAAGAGGAAGAAGAGGAUACCCAAGAUUUAGAAGUUUCUGAUGUAGAAGAUGAUGGAAAGAAAGUAAAUGAAUCUAAGAAGCCGAAAGCCAAACCCCAAAAGGUAAUCAAACCUCAGACUAAACCAACAUCCAAACAAUUAACACCAUUACAACAAAAGAUGAUGGCUAAAUUAUCAGGUUCGAGAUUUAGAUGGAUUAAUGAACAAUUGUAUACUAUCUCUUCCGAGGAAGCGUUGGAUUUGAUCAAAGAACAGCCAGGACUAUUCGACGAAUAUCAUGAAGGUUUUAGAUCUCAAGUUCAAAGUUGGCCUGAAAAUCCAGUAGACACAUUUGUUGAUGAAAUUAAAUUCCGUUCUAAAAAAGUUAUCAAUGCACCAGGUGGUUUACCUGGUCUUUACCCUAAUAAAGAAAUUGUGAUCGCAGAUAUGGGUUGCGGUGAAGCCCAGUUGGGAUUAGAUGUUACCCAGUUUUUCAAUAAAUUUAAUAAAAGGGCUAAAGGUAGACGUAAGAUUAGCUUCAAGAUCAACAGUUUUGACCUGAAGCAAGUAAACAAUAGAAUUACAGUAGCAGAUAUUCGUCAUGUCCCAAUGAAAGAUGAAUCUGCAACGAUUGUUAUUUUUUGUCUAGCUCUAAUGGGGACAAACUUCUUAGAUUUUAUUAAAGAGUCUUAUAGAAUUUUGGCACCAAGAGGGGAAUUAUGGAUCUCAGAAAUUAAAUCCAGAUUUGCCGAUGGUAGAGGUGACGAAUUUGUUGAAACACUUAAAUUACUAGGUUUCUUCCAUAAAAAAACUGAUGAUUCAAAUAAAAUGUUUACUAGAUUUGAAUUUUUCAAACCUCCAGAGGAUAUUAUUCAAGAGAGAAGGGCUAAAUUAGAAAGAAGAAAUAAAUUUAUCGAAGUUGAAACAGAAAAGGAACAAUUAGAAGUUAAGAGAAAGAAGGUAGCGGAAGGUAAAUGGUUACUGAAGCCUUGUAUAUAUAAGAGAAGAUAA